GUCAAUACGCAUGCGCAGUCUUCUUUGUGUUACUUGUGGCUCUGGGAUUCCGGGCAGUAUUGCUCGGUAGUUGGGAGCCAUGGUGAAGAAACGGAAAUACCGAAAAGUUUUUAUAGAUUCCGACACCGAGAACAGCGGAAGUGAUGAUAACUUGGAAAAGGAACUGCUUUCUCUUGCCAAACGAAAGAGGACGGAUGAUGAAAAAGAGCAACCUGCUAGCAAACCUGCAGCAACCUCAGAUUCAGAAACCUCCGACAGUGAUGAUGAGUGGACUGUUGGUGGCACGAAAUCCAAGAAGAAAGGGAAGCCUGGAAAAGGCACAGAGAAGAAAGGAGCCACGAAGAAGCUUACAAACAGAGCCGCUUCUUCUGGCAGCUCUUCCAAGGACAGUUCAGCAGAAAGCUCUGCACCAGAGGAAGGUGAGGUCUCAGAUUCAGACAGCAACAGUUCUUCCUCUAGCUCAGAUUCUGAUUCUUCUUCUGAAGAUGAAGAAUUCUGUGAUGGCUAUGGAGAGGAUCUGAUGGGCGAUGAGGAGGACAGGGCCCGACUUGAGCAGAUGACUGAGAAAGAAAGAGAGCAAGAGCUGUUUAACAGAAUAGAAAAAAGAGAAGUCCUCAAGAGACGAUUUGAAAUCAAGAAGAAACUGAAAACAGCAAAGAGGAAGGAAAAGAAAGAGAAAAAGAAAAAACAUGAUGAAGAACAUGAAAAGAAGAAGCAGACACAAAUCUUGGAAACCCAGGUCACCUCGCAUAACAAAGAGAGACGGUCAAAAAGGGAUGAGAAAUCGGACAAAAAAUCACAGGCCAUGGAAGAGCUGCGAGCAGAGAGGGAAAAACGGAAGAAUAAAACGGCAGAGCUUAUUGCUAGAAAACAGCCGUUGAAGACAAGUGAAGUGUAUUCUGAUGAUGAGGAGGAGGAAGAAGAUGACAAAUCUAGUGAAAAGACUGACCACUCCUCCCACUCAUCGUCCUCGUCGGAUGAAGAGGAAGAAAAAGAAGAGAUCCCACCAAAAUCCCUUCCUGUCUCUUUACCUGAAGAGCUAAACAAAGUUAGGUUAUCACGUCACAAGCUGGAACGCUGGUGCCAUAUGCCCUUCUUCGCCAAGACUGUUUCUGGCUGCUUUGUGCGAAUAGGCAUUGGCAAUCAUAACAGCAAACCUGUAUACAGGGUAGCAGAAAUCACUGGUGUGGUUGAGACUGGCAAAGUUUACCAACUUGGAACUGCACGAACAAACAAAGGUCUGCAGUUACGGCAUGGCAGUGACCAGAGAGUAUUCCGUUUGGAGUUUGUCUCAAAUCAAGAAUUUACAGAGAGCGAGUUUAUGAAAUGGAAGGAGGCGAUGUUCUCUGCUGGCAUGCAACUCCCAACACUAGAUGAGAUCAACAAGAAGGAAGUGACAAUAAAAGAGGCCAUGAACUAUAAAUUCAAUGACCAGGACAUUGAAGAUAUAGUUAAAGAAAAAGGGAGGUUCAGAAAAGCACCUUCUAAUUAUGCCAUGAAGAAAACGCAACUCAUGAAGGAGAAGGCUAUGGCAGAGGAAGCUGGAGACCAGGAUAAAGCAAAGCAGAUCCAGGACCAGCUAAAUGAAUUAGAGGAAAGAGCAGAGGCCUUGGAUCGCCAGCGAACCAAGAACAUUUCUGCCAUUAGUUACAUAAAUCAGCGAAACCGAGAGUGGAACAUUGUGGAAUCGGAGAAAGCUUUAGUCGCUGAAAGUCAAAGUCAGAAAACACAACAGAUGGAUCCCUUCACUAGGAGGCAAUGUAAACCCACAAUGGUAUCCAAUUCUAGAGAUCCUGCAGUCCAUACUGCUAUAAUUGCCCAGUUGAAUGCAAAGUAUGGAUUUGGAGGAAACGAUUUUAUCAAAGACAAAAAUAUGAGUCAAAGCAAGGACAAAGAUGGUAACCCCAAGUCAACAAGUGACCUCUCAGAAGACCUAUUUAAAGUGCACGAUUUUGAUGUAAAGAUUGACCUGCAGGUUCCUAGCUCAGAAUCAAAAUCGUUGGCCAUAUCGUCAAAAGCUCCUGCUUCAAAGGAUGGAGCUCCACGAAGAUCUUUAAACCUUGAGGACUACAAGAAAAGAAGAGGACUAAUCUGAGCCUGGCCAGUCCGCUGCUUCUGACCUUGCAUGCACAUUUCCUGCCUCCUAUUUCCUCUUGUCUUUGUUUACCUUUACUGGGCUGGAGCAGCAGCAGAGCCAAAAACAGACUUUGAACCGUAAAAAUUUUUUGUAAAAUAAACAUCCUGGCUAUUUACUGUAUAGAAAUAUCCACUUUUUUUUUUUAAAUUUUUUUUGUUUGUUUUGUUUUUUUAAUUAAAAGAAGAAAAAGCACCUCACCCACGCUCUGUUAAUGUUCAGUAUUACUAUGAAAUCGGGAAUUCUGAGGCAAACCAAACUGGCACUGCUUAUUACCUGUAUUUACCAUAACUACAACUGAAAGAUGUGAAAUCGGCAAAAGGUCACCUUUACUUCAUCCUCAUAAUGGAGAAUGGAACGUUGAAUAUAUGGAUUUAUUUUAUUUUUUUUGGAGCAAUAUUCAUCAUGCUUGUGGGAGGGCUAAAUCGGGUACAUUUUGUAUUUUAUUUUAAAACUACAGUACAGUUUCUGUCCUGUUUUCAAUUUGUUCAAGCUGUAAAUGAGCAUCUAAAACUGUAAGGAAGAAAUUCAUUAAAUGAUUCUUCAUAUAAAA